AUGGACCCUGGGACUUAUGUUCUGUGCUGGUGCGCAGGGAGCAACCUGAACAGCUGCUCUGAGGAUGAAAGCUUCGACUUCUCGCUGGGGUUCCUGGAUGUCUGGGGCCCUACAAUAGCCUCUCACAGGUGUGCAGUGGGGAGCAGUUGCUCGAUUGUCCUUUCUGGCGUCCCAAGCUAUGAGUCGUCCAGCAUAUUGCUGCGGACGGGCGACGUUACCUGCGAAGGAUCCAUUUCUGAGCCUGUAUCGAUGCAAGGCCUGAUCAACCCUCAGCAAGGCCAGGCCACCUCAAGCCUCUCGCUUUACAGCCGUUUCCGCUUCAUCCCACUGAGAGCGCGCAGCGGUAAUGUUGUCCAGCUUGCUGAGCUGGUGCUUUACUUCCAGGGACAGCAGGUAGACUUGCGCGGUGCUGUGGCGCAGCGCUUGCCAGGUGGAGCGGGACCUGCAGAAGAAGAUCCUGCUUUUGCAAUUGAUGGUCGCAGAGCCACGAAAUUUCUGGACUUCCAUGGAACCGGAUUCGAGCUCGCCCUUGCAAGCGGCCGGCAAGUAGAUGCCAUCUCGUAUGUUACCGCCAACGAUGUGCCAGAGAGAGAUCCUGUAGCAUUCAUGCUCGAAGGCUUCUCUGACAGGUGGUCGUUGUUGGCCGCGCCAAGUCGGCUUGCACCUCCAAUGGCACGUCAACAAGAGACGGCCACAGUCCUGGCGACUGCAAAUUUUGACAGCAAUGAGCAGCCCGACCGCAGCAGCAACAAGUUUAUUUCGGUAUUUGCCGUUUGCCACAACGCGUUAGUCUGGAGACGCGUAGCUUGGGCCUGCAGGGAGGGGAGCAGAGGAGUGGUCCACAACGGAUGCCUUCCUGUUGUCAUGGGUAACCUCGCAUUAGACCCCAAAGAUUCCGGAACUAAUGCCGCCCAACAGACCGUGUUUGAGCUGGGCGUGCCCACCGGUGACAGCCCGGGCUUGUCCACAAUUUGCUGGCAGAAAUCCACAGCAUCCACAGGCUUCUCCGGCUUCUCUGUUCAGGCGGGAACUUUGGAAUUUGCCGGACUGAUGGAAAGGAAGGAGCAGCAUUGCUUUCUGGGGUCAACUUGCGAGUUCGGACCCUUGCGUGGUUUUGCGCUCAGCCCUGCAGACCUCGUUGUUGCCAUUCCUUCCACAAGCUUUUGCAGCCAGGGUCAAGGAUCCCUUGGGACAGCUGCCGUUUCUUCUAGAGCUGAGUGGGCCGGGCCUUGGGCAGUCACAUUGCUAACGCAACACAGCCACGAGGCAAUCUCAGUGGUAUUGCCCGAUGUCCCUGCCGGAAUGUGGAAGCUGUGCUAUUGUGUGUACGCUGAUGAGGGUUGCCCUGCAGCAAGAUACACUAUUGACAUCGGAAUCCUCACCAUGUCGGGUCCAGAGUUCGGCGCAAACUUCACAUGCAUGAUCAAUGCAAGUGAAUGUCUUAUUGGCCCCGUUGCUGGUCAAGGUGUGUCGGCGCAAGACCAGAUCAUGCUGGUGGAGUCUAGCUUGAGCUGCGGCAAUGUGAGCGGGGACUCCGAUGCAGAAGAAGGAGCUGAUCUUGCGGGCCUGAUCUUGGACGUGGGGCAGGCGCCGCAUGCGCGGACGGCAUAUCUCAUGUUCCCUCUUCCAAAUGCUUCGGAACGCACUGCGCGCCCUGGCACCUGGAAGAUAUGCUAUUGUGUGGCCCAUGAAGAUAGGUGCUCCACUUUUUCAGGCUUUUCAGCUUCGGUUGGCCAUCUCGUCAUCACGGGACCAGACAUGGCUCAGCAGUACGGAUGUACACUGGGGAUGCCAUGUCAGCUAGUGCUGAAAGGGCAUGGGCUCAGCAGGAGUAAUGCAAUCAUGCUCGUACAUGUUGCGAGCUCUUGUGGAUCUGCGCCACCCUUGCUUGGUCACGUUGGUCUUCAAUGGCCGCAGCGGCCAACACUUCAAGGCCCGAAUCACUUUGCGGCCGGGACUCCAAAGGCUGGCCCUGUCGGGUCUGUUGGACGACUGUGUUGGGCGUAUAGCUGGUCACAUUGGGAAGACUUUCAUGUGGACCUGGGCAUUUUCUCUAUGGCUGGCCCGGAGCAGCAGGGCAGCUUUGUCUGCACUUUUGGGUUGGCCUGUGCGUUGCAAGUACGAGGGCACGAGAUUCCUGAGUCAAGUGAGCUUUGGCUUAUCGGUGGUGACAGGCCCGUCUCCGCUACUUGGGAGGCCGCAGCCCUUGAGCGUUCAUGCUCCGUAGCUGAAGCGCAAGAUUCAGCGUCUAUAGAAGGUUUUACGAAUCCCAUGGCUCCGCAAAACGCCUCCCUCGAACAUGCAACCUUUGUAGCGGGAGUGGCCUUGGCAGGAGCUGUUGGCCCAUUCUUCCGCGUUUGUUGGCGGCCUUCACCAGCUUUUCCCUUUAUGCUUGAGGUUGGGAAUUUCUCCUUGGUUGGACCCGAGGCUAUGGUGGGCGUGUGCGUGAAGGGCUAUCCUUGCAACCUGACUCUCGCUGGCUUUGGUUUGAGCUCCCACAACACCUUGCAGAUAUCAAGGACCAACUGCACCUUCUCCAACGAGUCGCUCGACAGUUCUGAUCCAAACAGUCAGGACAGCGAUGCAGACGACAUCGUCAACGUUGCAUCUGUCGUUCCGGGCUUGCUGGGCAUGAAAGACUUCAGUGCACCUUUGCAACCUCGAUUAGGCACAUCAGAUAUCUACGAUUUGGGAACGGUGACAUCUGGGAGAGCAGGGCUACAGCUGGUUCUUUGUUGGUCAGGUGAGCAAGGCAGUGAGCCCGUGUCGAUUGGAACUCUGCACAUUGCUGGACCCACUAGCGGUCAAGAGCUUGUUUGUGACAGCGGCAGUACUUGCCAACCUUAUAUAGGUGGAUUUGCCAGCCCUCUGUGGAAAGAAUACUGGCUUGUGACAGGAAGUGGUCAAUAUCUACCGAACUUUGCGAUCUUCUUGAGCAGCCAAUGCGAGCCGGUGUGGGGCCAGCAUGGAGGAGAUCUAACGCACACAUGGGAGCGUUUACCUGCAGGCGAAAAGAAUUUCUUCUACUUCGUGUCUGGAAAACUGCAAGCUUGCCCGAACUUCGUUCUCCACUUACAUCCAACAGACUGCACCGUGGUUGCCAGCCCAUGGGCCGAAGGUACUGAUGAUGUGGGGAAGGUGUGGAUCCAAGUGCCAAGUGAGUCCGGACAAUACCAUUGGCUUUUGACCCCCAGCGACAGCCCCUGUCCGUACAAGAUGCUUGCGGCAGAGGCAGGGACUUUGCGCAGCAAAGAUUUCUUCCGCAGCCCACUCGCACAGUGGAAGAUUUUGCAGCGAGAUGCUUCGCCUUGGCCGCAUCGCAGUAGCUUUUUGCUGCUUCCUCAAGGUACAGGAUGUAAUAUCACGGAUGACCGACUAGCCCUGAGACUUCACAAGCCAGGCUUGGUGAAUCCCGCCCAAUGCUGCGAGCGUUCGGGUCAAACACAAAAGCUUGAGCUGCAGAUGUCGUUCGGUGCAUACGAAACAGGGCCUGGCAAAUUCGAUGUUUGUUGGGGCCGGACCUUUGGUGAUGGUUUGAGUGGAGGCGCUGAUAACCCAGCCCCUGCAAACGAGUUUCCAGUGCUGUUGGGUGUGUUAUCGCUGCUUGCGCCAGAGGCGAUCGGUGCGAUUGGAUGCACCUUGGGCUUGGAAUGUGUCAUUGAGGUGUCGGGACUUGGCUUGGCUUCAUUGGAUUCCAUUGUGAUUCAUACUGGUGACUCAUGCGACUGGCCGCAAUUGCCACCCUUCAGCUUGCAUGGGGCUCCCAACUGUUCGUCAUUUGGUCUAGACAGCUAUAUCGAUGCACAAGUCAUAGGGAAUAGCCGAUGGAUCAUUGCGACAACAUGCCCUCGAGGUUCAAUUGGUUCGCAUCUCCCCCAACCGAAAGUGCUCCUGCGCAGCUAUUCUAUGCCUGCAGUAGUGCAGCUGAUGCAGGAAGAACAUUACCUUCCACUUCCUAAUGGCACGGUGGGAGUUGCUUUAGAUGGUCUGUCCAUAUCUGGUGAAAGGCCACCAGACAAUGUAGACGAAUGCGGGCUGGUUGUGGCGCCUUCUGGGGCUGCAUACUAUGCGACUGCUCCAGGCUUGUGGCGCAGCAAGCCGUGUAACAUGGCAUUAUCAUGGGCAUUGUUCCUUAAUGAGUCGCACGAACCGUUGCUGGGAUUCAUUAUGGAUGGGCUGCCCCUGUUUGCGCCACUGCCGAACAGCAGCAACCAUACCACUGACAUAUGUGGUGGACAUGCAGAUGACCUGCCUUUCUACCACUAUCAUGCUGCUUCAUCGGAGGAGCAGCACUCUGGCAGGCUCUUGGGAUGCCUGCGCGCGGUUGCCAAGGGGGGGCAGGGCUUCACACCUCCACCAGCACCCGUUGCUUGGCCUGAGCUUCAGGCAGUGGACCUUAGAUGGCUUGCUGACAUGGUUAGGUUUGGUGAUCAAGCAGUUCUCCUGCAACAUGCACGUGCUGCUGCUCGCUUCUUGCCAGAAACUGUGAUCAACGCGAGCCGAGCAUUAUACAGUGUGUCUCAGCCUUCUGGAAGUGUGCUUGCAUACUCGAUUUGCUGGGGACAUGGACUCUCCUUCGAUGUGCACAAGGUCUUGCUGGGGUCUCUCACAUUUUCCGGACCGUUCAGGAAGCACUUCCGUUGCACAUAUGCUUCAGCCUGUACUUUAGUGGUGGAUGGCUCUGGGCUGGGCCAGCAAAAUCGCCUGGUGCUUGGUAACAACAGCUGCCAGGACAUAGUAAACUUGCCCGGCUUUGCGCAACUGCCCCUGGCAGCUGUGUCAGCAACGAGCAGCACAUCCAUCUUCAGAGUUGGUGUUUUCUUUCCAGACACUGUGCUGGGGGCAGCUUUGAGAGUAUGUUGGCAAGCUUCAGACGUCGUCCCAGGCGCUGUGGACGUCGGGAGUCUUGAGCUGGUGGGACCAACUCAGUUGAACUUGUUCGUCGUCUGCUCACCAGCUCGCCUGUGUGAUUUUGUCAUGGAUGAGUACAUGCCCACCGAUGCCAUCCCCGUAGUGAUUCGCGCGGGAAAUGGCACAUGUGACUCAGAUGCGGCAUCCACCAUAUUUGAGGGAAGCAGAGGCCUUCAACAGCCCCAGGGCAGUUCAUGGCCAUACACUUUCGGGAAACUUCCCGCGGGAGCACUGCCUGGAACUUUCUCACUCUGCUGGCAUCCGGUCGACAAUGGGCACUCUUCCGAAUUUGCUGUGACCGUCGGCACGUUACGUGUUAGGGGCCUGCAGUCUUUGGAAGUAGACCCGCCACUAGCUGCCGGGAUUUCAUCUCGCCUGAAGCUUGUUGGGGUUGGCUUGCUUUUGACGGAUCAGAUCCGAUUGGUCGAGAGUUCCAUCUCAUGUGGCUAUGAAGGCGCGAACAUCAGCACGCAGUACUUGAUGGAAAUCGAACAAGACCCUUCUACAAGUGACAUUGAUGCAGCAAUGAUGCAUCCCCACAAUGAGCCAGCAGGCCUGAAUGCCUCAGACACAUCAUCUGCAUCCGUUGUGGCAUGGAAUGUCACUCUUCGAGUGGGCGGACAGUUUCGUGUUUGCUGGUGUCCAAGUGACGGGGUCAACAUGAUGGACUGUGCGACGGCGGCUGACUUUGCAUCAGAUGCUGGUACACUCGUUUCUAGAGGGCCUCUGAGCUUUGUCAGCACAGCCAGCAGGCGGCUUUCUGAGACAAAGUAUGUUGCCGGCGUGCCCUUCGUCUUUGAGAUGUCCGGUUAUAUGUUGAGUGUCUAUGACCGUGUCAAGAUCUUGCCUAGUGAUUCAUCGCCCUGCAGCAAUGCACCACAGAGGCCUUACCCAGCUGAAGAUGGCGCUUCGUUGGAGGAUCCGCAGGUGUCCGACACUGGGCUCCAGGAAGAAUGGGCAAACACCACUAUCCUGGCAAGUGGACAAUAUGAUGUCUGCUGGUGUGCAGCAAGCUUGGAAGGACCCUUCUGCUCAGAAAGGUACACUUUCAUUGAUGUGCUUACAAUUGCAGGCGCGCGAUUGUCAUCUGGACUUUCGGGUAUGCCGCUCGAAGUGUUUGCAGGCAUCCAGACCCAGCUAGAAGUCUGGGGCACUGCCCUGACCAGUACUGAUCAGAUCAAGGUCGUCCUAGAUACUACGCAAGGAUGCAUGGAACCAACUGAUAAUGCUUUCGCGCUGCCCUCGCUCUUGCAACCCACGUACUUAGAACCAAGAGGUGCGGGAUCUUUUGAGAGGUUUGACCUGCUUGUCCGGCAGCCUCCGCGCUGUCGCGUCUGCUGGUGCAGUGGUAUCUCGUUGCAAGGGUGCCGCAAUUCACCACGAGAUGGCGAGCAGUCCUGGGUUGAUCUUGGGGCAGUUGAAAUUUACGGUCCAACGCUAGCCGUGCCUGAUGGAAUUGCACAAGCUGGAGUGAAUUUUACAUUGAUCGCGCGCGGAGGUGUGGGUCUACCGCCUACUGUCUCCGCAACUGCACGCAUGCGGCCUGAUGACGUAUCUUGCGAGAGUACCUGGCAGCAAGACGUCCAAGCACCACCUGGACAAGCUGGAGAAAACAGAGUGGACUCCAAUUUCUCGGAGACAUGGAUUUGGCCUGGAAUCCAGAUCAACUCCGCGGGCGUUUUCCGUGUUUGUGCGCAACUGGCGGCUUGUUUGAGGAAGCCGUGUCCAAGUGGCCACAAAUUUGGUUUUGGUAUGCCAUGGGAUUUAGGCGUUUUUAGCGUUGGCGGGCCGCAGCUUCUUACCAGCAGUGCCGUGCCUUUUGCAGGGGUAGCGUUUGAAGUGAGGCUGCGUGGAUUUCACCUCACCACCGACGAUGAGCUGCAGGUCAUACGAGCCUCUGAGAAUUGUGGGGCUGCGACACAAGCUGCUUCCUUUUCUGCAUCCGCUCAGCUUGUUCAGGACAACAAGUCAAGCAGUGACGACUUCAACACGUCUGAAAUCGCCUGGCUUUUGGAGCCUCUUCCUGCGGCUGGCCUUUAUCGGAUUUGCUGGUGUAGCAGCUGGCGAACAUGUAACACCGAUGCGUUCCUAGUAGACACCGGCAGUCUUCUGGCAUUUGGCCCCGAUGGGGCGGCAGAGGCAGUUUGCGUGAAGGGCGCCGCGUGCGAAGUAGAAUUGCAUGGAGCAGGGAUGCUGUCUUACGGGCCAGAUCCGCCAGUCGCCGUCCUGCGUAGAAGCUGCGCAGACAAAGAUGAAAAUGAUGAAGCAGAUGUUGGCUCAGUCCAAUUUUCAUCUCCGGACAGGCUUCUUGUGCAGUGGGCGUCCUUGCUGCACAGAUCUGUUGACCGCUACCGUAUCUGCUGGGCUGUCAGUGCAGCCAUGGCCAAUUACAGCGCGGAUGCUGGUAGCAUUUUGCUGGCAGGCCCUUUGUCAUAUCCACCUGCCCACUGCAUUACCGGAAGGCUUUGUUCCGUUUUAGAUGUAGCAGGCGUUGGGCUGUCAAUCGGCGACCGCCUAACUGCAAGAAGUGCUGCAUGCGGAGAGUUUGACCAGGACCUCGGUGAUGGGCGCCUUUUUUCAGUGAGUCCAGGCAGAGAUGGUUUCGAGACUGUGGAGUUUUUCACAUCGGUGCAGGCCCGCUACGUUCGAAUCUAUCCGACGAUGUGGUACGGAAAUAUUUCUUUGCGAGCAGGCCUCAUUGUGCAAGUUUGUGAAACAUGUACGUCCAGCACGAUGGUUGAUGUGGGGGAGGAUGCUCGAAGCUUCUCGUCGUCCAGGCAAAGCACUUCUCCAUCGGAAUGCUUUUCGUGUGGUCGACUGGACUCCUCGACAGCCUGGGUUGCCGAUGAAGCGCGGCCUGGAGAAUGGUAUCAGUUGGACGCGGGCAAGCUGAUGUAUGUAUCAGGGGUCGUCAUAAGGGGGCGGGCAGAUGCUGAUGAGUGGAUAACUAAGUUCCUCAUUUCCUACAGUAAAGAUGGAGCGACUUGGACAAGGCUUCGAGAAAUGCGUGGUGCUGAUGGUUUCCCGAACUCGGGCGUGGCUGUGGGACUUAUGAGUCAGGGGAAAUCCCAGUUUACGUGGCCUGGCAGCAUUGCUGCGAGAGGUGGCAUCUACACAUUGUGCUGGCGGCGUAAACCGACUGGACCGGAAGUUCGAAGCGAACCCAGCCGUUCGUUCGCGGAGUUUGUUACAACACUGGGUGCGCUUAUGGUCGACGGACCACAGGGUGGACAGACUUGGCAAUGCAAGGUUGCCAAGAGUUGUCAGAUAUCAGGCUUGAAGGGUCGGGGCCUGCAACAGGGCGACUUGCUCCGACCUUUGCCCCUAUGUAGUGUGAGCGAGGUCUCCUCUGUGCCAUAUACAGCUGCGCAGGAUGACCUUGGAACUGGCUUCGAUUGGGGUUUGUCAUUGCAAAGCUAUUUGCCCCGCUCCUAUCGCUUGUGCUGGUGCCGCCCGUGGAACGAUACCCAGUUUCUUAACGACUCAACACCAGGAGUGGUGCCAGGGUGUGGGCCGAACAACAUAUUAGUCGAUGCAGGGGUUCUAAGUCUGACAGGGCCACAACCCGACAACUUGUUUACAUGCUUUGCAGGAGAAGAAUGUGUUGGAAUUCCUUUGCUAGGGGAGCAGCUCAAUGAUGGUGACAUGCUGCUGGUGAUGUACUCAAACGAAUCUUGCGGUGACAAGCCCACGCCUAUCACAGGAAUGCCCAAUGCGGGCUUUUCGGAGCCAGCUGACGCCAGAGGAACGAGAUUCUACUGGCGUGAAGCGCCUGUCACGGCAUCUGGUGCAGAUUACCGGCUAUGUUGGUGCAGUCCAUCAUUCUCGUCUUGCAACGCAUCUGCUGACUUUGACACCCUCGCAGGCACUUUGCGGUUGAUAGGUCCUGUGAGAGACCAAGUCAGAACUUGCGUAGCUGGCCUGCCUUGCACGCUGCAGAGCCUCAGCGGGCAUUACUUCACCAACGGAGCUAUCAGUGUACAGCAGUUUUGUGAUACCGACCCCCAGGCCAACAACCUGACAGAUUUUCAGGAGGUCGGCUUCGGUGGCAGCGCGCAGUUCGGUGAGGGUGGGGAUGCGGCCUGGGUGGAACCUAACAGAGCCAACGGAGGCAUAUACAAGCUUUGUUGGAAGGGAGUCGACCAGUCCAGCUUUGGUGCUGAGGUUGGGAGCAUUGUGCUUCUUGGCCCUGUGGCAGAUCAUCGCCGCACAGCCUCGGACUCAUCCGCACUGAUUGUCUCCCUGUUCCAGGGUGCAGUUCCGAACUCUGCAUCACAGAUGGGGGACCGAGUGAGGAUAGCCGACAGCUGCAUGCAAUCUUCCACUUCCGUAGCAGGCGUUGAGGGCGCAGGAAUAUCUCAAAAGUUGGAACCAAACGCAUCUUUUUUCCGGUGGGGAGAGUCGUUGCUGUCGGCCCCUGGUGGCGAGUAUCGUAUGUGCUGGUGCGCUGGCCACCGCUUGGACAACUCACCACGUGCAUGCAAGCUUCCUGGCGACUUCGUGGUGGAUGUUGGUGCCUUGGCCAUCAAUGGACCAGCUGGCGGUCAAGCCUGGGCUUGCGACACUAGCCGUCCGUGCUCUAUCUAUGGAAUGCGCGGGGCCGGGCUUACAGUGGAAGACAAGCUGCUAGUCAAAGAAGGCAACUGCUUCGGUGGAACGCCUCUCCGGGGUUUGCACUGGGCCAGUGUGGGCACUUCUGUCGAUGCUGGUGGCAGACUGGCAAAUGUUACCUGGGGUAGUCAGACUGUGGCUGCGGAAGGUGGCCACUAUCGAGUUUGCUUUUGCACUCUUGUAUUUGGAGAGCCUUGCAAUUCCCAAGUGCCGCAUCGCUUCACAACUGAUGCCGGCACCCUGACAGUCAAUGGUCCACGCCCAACGCAUACGCCCUGGGCAGUACAGUUCGGUGGUGGCGGCGCAGAUAUAGCAUCGCAUGUCCUUGUAGAUUCUGCAGAGCCUGAAAAGGGUCUGGGUCAUGCCCUUCUUGCAGGCACCACCAACAGCACAAUCGUAAACCCGCAAACAACAAAAGGUGUUGCGGAGGCCAGCGGGAUGACAUGGACAGAAGGGAGGUCCAGCUCCGACUACGUCGAUGUUGAUUGUGGCUGGAUGCGACACGACAGCGGAGACGAGCAGUGGCGAUCCACCUGCCGCUUUCUGAAGCUUGCUCUGCAACCGUUGAACUUCAUUAACUUCGGGGCCCGAGAUGCCUGGGUAACCAAGGUCGGGUACAAUGGAAGCCUCUUGUGGACCAGACAACUUGGGAGUUUGGGUGAUGAAGUUCUGGGAGGACUGGCAAUCCACCGUGAGGAUCAUUCAGUGUUUGUGGCUGGUAGCACUUCGGACAAUAUGCUGUCUGGAUGGCCCUAUUCGCAGGACCUUUGCAAUCGCAGUCUUGCUAUGUUUUGCUUGUCGAAGUAG